UUUUAAUUUUCCGGUUAUUCAGAAAUAUGUGUAGACCCUAAAUCCGUUCAACUUGGAUUGUCAACUGAUUGAAAGUUCCAGAAUUUGUACGGCAUCCGGGCUCGGCCUUCUGGAAUAUUCAGAGUUCAAUAAAAACGGGGUCGACGCGGCAGUAUUCAAUAAUCGUGAAACUGACAGUGAACCGUUCAGGUCGUUGGAAGGACAUCCAAGUAAAAUUGCGUCGCUUUUAAUAGCGCCUGGAAUAAUCGAGAGUUCCGUAAUUAAAUUAACAAAUAAAGUGGUGAUCACUACAUCUGAACAUUUUAGUGCACAAAAUAUUAAAAAGUUUCUGAAUUUCAUCAACGAUAUCAAAAAUAAAUAAUCGAGAUGCCGGAGGAAGAUUCAUCUAUGGCCGAGAAUGGCGAGGUGGAGACCUUCGCUUUUCAAGCUGAAAUCGCUCAAUUAAUGAGCUUGAUUAUCAACACAUUUUAUUCCAAUAAGGAAAUUUUCAUCAGGGAAUUAAUUUCCAACAGUUCUGAUGCAUUGGAUAAGAUUCGCUACGAAUCCUUGACUGAUCCAUCAAAGUUAGAAAGCUGCAAGGAAUUAUACAUAAAAUUAAUUCCUAAUAAAAAUGACCGUACGCUGACAAUAAUUGACACAGGAAUCGGUAUGACCAAAGCAGACUUGGUAAAUAAUUUGGGAACGAUUGCUAAAUCUGGAACGAAAGCUUUUAUGGAAGCUUUGCAAGCAGGCGCCGAUAUCUCAAUGAUCGGUCAAUUUGGAGUCGGUUUUUACUCGGCCUAUCUGGUAGCCGAUAAAGUGACCGUCAGUUCAAAACACAACGACGACGAACAAUACCUGUGGGAGUCAUCUGCUGGUGGUUCAUUCACGGUUCGUCCCGAUACCGGUGAACCAUUGUACAGAGGGACGAAAAUUGUACUUCAUAUUAAAGAGGACCAGUCUGAGUAUUUGGAGGAAUCAAAGAUAAAAGAGAUCGUGAAAAAGCAUUCCCAGUUCAUUGGUUAUCCGAUAAAAUUAGUUGUUGAAAAAGAAAGGGACAAGGAAUUGAGCGAAGAAGAAGAAGAAGAAGAGGAAGACGAAAAGCCGGCUAAAGACGAAAAAGACAAACCAAAGAUCGAAGAGAUAGAGGAUGACGAGGACGAAGAGAAAUCAACCGACAAGAAGAAGAAAAAGAAAACUGUAAAGGAGAAGUACACGGAAGACGAAGAAUUGAAUAAGACUAAACCAAUAUGGACCAGAAAUCCUGAUGAUAUAACCCAAGAGGAAUACGGCGAGUUUUACAAAAGCCUAACGAACGAUUGGGAAGAUCAUUUGGCAGUGAAACAUUUCUCUGUUGAAGGUCAGCUGGAAUUCAGAGCCCUCUUAUUCGUUCCCCGAAGGGCACCGUUCGACCUAUUCGAAAAUAAGAAGAAAAAGAAUAACAUAAAACUUUAUGUUCGUCGAGUAUUUAUAAUGGAUAACUGCGAGGAUCUCAUACCGGAAUACCUGAAUUUCAUUAAGGGUGUAGUCGACAGUGAAGAUCUGCCGCUGAAUAUAUCCCGUGAAAUGUUACAACAAAAUAAAAUCUUGAAAGUUAUAAGAAAAAAUCUGGUUAAAAAAUGUCUCGAGCUUUUCGACGAGUUGGCUGAGGAUAAAGAAAGUUACAAAAAAUUCUACGAACAAUUCAGCAAGAACUUGAAACUCGGUAUUCACGAGGAUAGUCAAAACAGGAAGAAACUAUCGGAGCUGCUGCGCUACUAUACCUCUGCAUCUGGAGAUGAGAAGUGUUCUUUAAAAGAUUAUGUUGGUCGAAUGAAAGAACAUCAAAAGCACAUAUAUUUCAUCACAGGUGAAAGCAAGGAGCAAGUUUCUAACAGCGCAUUCGUCGAGCGUGUGAAAAAACGCGGAUUCGAAGUUGUAUAUAUGACAGAACCGAUCGAUGAGUACGUCGUUCAACAAAUGAAAGAAUACGAUGGCAAGCAAUUGACAUCGGUCACAAAAGAAGGCUUAGAACUUCCGGAAGAUGACGCAGAAAAAAAAAAAAGAGAAGAUGACAAAGCUAAAUUCGAAAGUCUUUGCAAAGUAAUGAAAGACUUACUGGAUAAGAAGGUUGAAAAGGUUGUAGUAUCAAACAGACUUGUAGAUUCACCUUGCUGCAUAGUUACCUCGCAAUAUGGAUGGACGGCUAACAUGGAAAGAAUAAUGAAGGCACAGGCCCUACAUGAUACCUCGACGAUGGGCUACAUGGCAGCGAAAAAACACUUGGAGAUAAAUCCUGAUCAUCCUAUUAUAGAAUCUCUCAGGCAAAAGGCAGAAGCGGAUAAAAACGAUAAGGCAGUUAAAGACCUGGUUAUGCUAUUAUUUGAAACCGCCCUUCUUGCCUCUGGUUUUGGUCUUGAAGACCCACAAGUUCACGCUUCGAGAAUUCACAGAAUGAUUAAAUUAGGGCUAGGACUUGACGAGGAUGAAGCUCCUGAGGAAGAGGAAAAAAUGGUUGAAGAAGUGCCUCCGUUAGAAGAAACUGCGGAUGAAGCAAUGAGGAUGGAAGAGGUCGAUUAAAAUUCUUGUUAUACCUGAUGUUGGAGUUGGUUGAAUGAAAGAAAGCAAGACUGAUGUUGAAAGUUUGUGUGAGGAUCGAGAAAAAUGUAUCCGUGUACGUGAUACACAAAAAUUUUGUAAUAGUCAAUGCGAUCUAAUCCUUAUUCAAUGUACUAUUUUUUUCAUAUCUGUUGAUUAAUUAAUAAGUUCAUAAUCACGGUUUGAAAACUGUAUUCAUACUGUUUAUCCAAUCAUUUAACUCGUUCAUCGCAUUCCUGUCGUUAUAUUUAUUUUACUUUGUGAUAAGCAGAUACCUUAGAGAGUGAAGAUGUAAUUCAGAUUGCAAAUAAAUAACUCCGUUACCUAAA